UUGGAGGUUUAUGAUGUCAUCGAGAGGAAACAUCCCUUAUAUGGUCAUCUCAGGUACACAACUCUGGCCGUCCAUAAUUAGAUCAUUUAUUUUAUUAUUCAUGAAUGCCACUUGGAUGAAUGUGAAAUUAUAUACUCAGUGCCUUAUUUUUUAUUAUGUUGUUAAAAAAAUAAGAAAACCAUAUAGUCACACAGCGCUUUAUUUUAUACACUUCGAGUACUUUAUCUACUUCACAUCUAUGAUCUAACCACACAGGUACAGGGAGGACAUGCAAACCUCACAUAUAAGGGUGUAAGGCAGGGUUGGAACAAAGCCCCUUCUUGCUAACCCUUCACUCAAGCACAAUGCUACCCUUAAAUGGAACAGGUAUGGCAUUGUGUAAUGAAGUUCAGCUCUAAGGUGUGAACUGUUGCUUCCUUAAACAGCUAAUUUAAGUGACUUCCUAGAUGGAUCAGUUACCCAUUGCUUGAAUAGAUAUCAGUGUAAUGGAGGAAAACACAGUAAUAAUGAAUGAAAACACUGAAAAUUGAAACAAAGACAUUUUAUGGCACCAUGAUGGCAUCAGUUUGCUCUUGCAGUGAAAUUUUGGACAAUUUAACUCCCAUUUUCACCACUAGGGGACAGUGUUUUACCAGAAAGUUUGAGUGAUAAACAAGAAAUGUGUGUGUUUGGUCUGAGAUCAGGGUGGUAAGAGGUUACAGAAGAGCUUACAGAAAGAAGUUUCUGGGUAUGAACUGGGGCUUUUCUGUACUGUUUUGUGUUUUUACACAGCCCAGUGAUAAACUGCAGGUGUAGAUUGAUUUCUUCCUCUUAACUAAAGACAGUUACAACAGCAUGCAUUUAAUAAGAAGAAAAUAGCUUGGUGGAUAGCUUUAUACCUUUCAAGGGCAAUAAGAUGACUGCUUCAUUAUUGUAAGAUGACCACCACCAAAAUGAAGCACCUAGAUUGUUUUUCUUUCACAGACAAUUUACAGCCUUUUAUAUAAAGGUACUGUUAACAUCUUGUUAGUCUACUGUUGCUAAUAAUUAGAUAUAUAAUUAUGACCUCCACACACUCUCUUGCUAUUGAAAAUAUUUGCCAUAAAAUUCUCAAACUGGUGCAUUUUCUCAGUUGAAACGUUUUGUAUAUUUUUGUGCUCUAUUGUGAAUAAAAUAUGGGUAAAAUACACCAGUCAAAAGUAUCACCAGUUAGUCAGGUGUACACACACACACACACACACACACACACACACACACACACACACACACACUGCUGGCAGUCAGGAAUUAAGAAAUUACUUGCACAUGCCACCAUAACACAUGCAAAAGCAAAGGUGGUAAAAUCUGAAGACUGACGCUGUGGUUUCUCUUAGUCAUCUAGUUGUAGCAGUGUAAAAGGGAACCCAAAAAAAAGUGGAGCAAAAAAGAAAAACAACAGCUUUGAUCUAACAACAUUUGCUGAACUCAUCACAUUCUUGUCAGAUAAUGCUAUGAAAGUGUUUCAAGCUUUGCAGACCAUGGUAUAAGACACCUUAUCUUAUAUCACGCAAUCAUCACCAUGCUCUUCCUGCCUGAAGCAGUUCAUCCAGGUCACCAAACAAACAAAGUAUUUCCAGAAUGUUUGUCUUGGCCCAUCAUGUUAGAGGCCCAUAAUACAAGGUUUAUAAUGUGAGGUAGUGUAAAACAUCAUUAACCAGAACAUCAAACUAAGGUUUCUCCGACAGAUUACUAGAAAUCUAGGACAUAGUUGGAGUGGUGACAUCCAUCUAGAGCGCUUUCUCUCACAAUGUCACCAAUAUAACCUGGCUGAGAGUGAGAGUGCCACAGCAUGUAAAUAAUGCCAUCAUCCACCCCCUACAAGAGCCUGGUAAGCAAACUGAAGGGGGUCAAGAACAUGUUCCACUUGUGAACUGAUGAGAGCCAAUCUCUCCAGUGGCUUUGUGACAUGUGAGGUCAACACAAAGUCACUCUGAAGUCAGUAAAGUCAGAAGAGGUGGCUCUCUUUCAUACUAGCACCAACUACUGGAGUGAAAAAUGUUAAAUCUUUAAAUUUACUUAGGACAUAACAUAUAAACAUGUAAAUAUAUUAAGGUGUUCCCCCUUACUACUAUUUAGUAGUAAGCUUAUAUUUUUAUAUUUCACUUUCAUCACUGUGAUAUUGAGAACAUUGACGUUCUACAUGAAAUUUGUUAUCUGCGGUUUCUGUGGUUCAGUUAUACUUCGUCACAGUGAAUGUAAAGUUUUUCAGUGAGCUUUGAGCUACAUAAAAAAAUAGCUGUGUGUCCUUUGUGUUAUUCAUUUAUGAAUUGUUAGUCAGCAGUAUCCAAAAGGGUAUAAGGUUUCGAAAACAGUGUUCAAAAGCUGAGAUUAAAAAAAUAGAACUGCAGCUGUACCGCUCUUAUAUCUGUGGGUUUAAAACUGUCACCAUCUAAUCUGAUAUCUAAGUUUGCUUGGAAAAGAGGGCACGAAAAGCUUGUCUUACAAGAAGUGAUACUACAGGUGUAGUCACCUCAGAAUAGCUUUACUGUGAUUGCAGUGCAAGUGUGCAUUAAAAAAAAGAUAUCUUUCCAUUUGACAUUCAUGCCCAUGAGUUCAGAAUCUUUGCAAUGCCAGAACUUACAUCAUUGUAACAGUAAUGUGAUUACUGAAUUUAGUGAAUUACUGAAUUUAAUAUAAUAGCACGCUGCAUGCCAAACAUGCUUGGGCAAGUUACUAGACCCAAGUUACUCUCAGAUGUAUGCAGAGUGUAAACAGCACUUGAGCAUAAAAAAAAAGUGCCUGUAUGAAUGAAUGGGUGAAUGUGGUAUGUUGUUUAAAGUGCUGUGGGUGCUUCAAACAACAUACCUCAAGUAGAGGAGAAAAGUGCCGCGUGAGAACCAGUCCAGGAACUAUUCAACAUUUACAUUAGUGCGUUGCUUAAAAAUGUUGUGUGAUUAACCGUAACUUACUUUGGGGAACACAUUACAUUCAGCAAUAUCAAUGACAUAUAAACCACUCAUAAAACACUUACUUACAAACAGUGAAGAGAAGCAGGUCUACAGUAGCCUAGUAAGAACAAACUAAGGCAAGAAAAGGAAAGAAAGUAAUUCAGAGAGAACAACCAAUCGAUCAUUCUGACAGACUUUGGUUUUUAUAAAAGAAUUAAAAUGUCUGUUUUUACUGAUUAAAUCGAUCUGACUUGAUUAGUGAUUAUAGAAGAAGAGGAGGUCUAAAAAGACACAGAAUGUGGUUAAGACUGGUGAGGUACUGUGCAGUUAUGAUAAGCACGAUAACGCCAAGGUUCCAAAUGAAGGGCACACAUACACCGAAUAAAGGAUGUGGUUAUAAGUCAAAAUAAGAACGAUGAUAAUCAUACUUGACAACACAGCAAACUGCUGUAUAAAAGGGUCUCCUUGACACCCCCGGAGGCUGUUUCAGUGGCAACAUGGAAAGUCUGCAUGCAUUUCUGCUGGUCUAUGUUCUGACAUGUCUGGGACAACUAGGAUAUGGAACUGACAUCAUACAUGGUAAAAAAGCGCCAGAUAAAUCAAUGUUGUACAUGGCUUCUGUACAGAGCAGCAAGGGUCAUGUAUGUGGAGGAUUUCUUGUCACUGAGGACUUUGUUGUAACCGCUGCACACUGUGACGCUGUGAACAUCACACAUGUUGUUAUUGGCAACCACAAUCUCCAGCAGGGCAGUGAUCUAAAAAUAAUCGUCGAAAGGAAAUUCAAACCCAGCAAUUUUAAUGAUGUUUGGCUGGGUGAGGACAUCAUGCUCCUUAAACUGUCUAGGAAAGCUCAACUAGGCUGCAAAGUACAAAUAAUUCAACUUCCAUGUGCUGAAAUAACCUUGGAAGAAAAUCAAAUUUGUCAAGUGGCUGGAUGGGGGAAAACUAAAAAUGGUGGCUCAGUUGUCGAUGACCUGAGAGUGGUGAACGUGUCCGUCAUUAACCCAGAAGUCUGUAGGGAACAAUGGCCCGGUCUUCCUGUCAAUGUUAUCUGUGCAGGUGGAUACGGCACAGACAAAGGAUUCUGUCAGGGUGAUUCUGGUGGUCCUCUGGUGUGCAACGGUUUAGCUGUUGGUAUUGUUUCUUUCAACAAAUAUCACAACUGUAACUACCCAGAUGUGCCCAAUGUCUAUACGGACAUCUCAAAAUAUCUUCAAUGGAUCAACAAAGUUCUGGCAACUACAAAACCUUCCUAAAAAUGUAUUUUUGCAUUACUACAGUAGAAGCAAAAAUAAACAUUUUGCUCUCUGUCAUGAUCUCUGGGUUUUUAGCUUUGUUUUUUAGUUCUAUUCACUCGUGUUCUAGAGUCGUUAGCCCUUGAAUUGUUGUAUUUUAGAUCUGUUUUGUUUCAUAUUUAUUGUACCGCCAGUGUUUCCUCAGUCUCAACCAUACUGCUUUACUCUAAUUUAGUAGAAAUUUUAGGGAUCUAUACUUUAUUUAUUUAUUUCUCUGGCAACAUUUUACUCUUUAUUGUGCAUUUUUACACACAUUUCUGUACUUUCUUCCUUCUAUUCCAUACAGGCUUGUUACUUUAUGUUUAAGAUAUUUGAGGGGAGUUUUUAUUUCACAUCGCUAUCCUCCUUUCAACAUCAAACUGAUCUGAGAUUAUCCAAUAACACAUAAAGGACAAUCCUACUGGUGCUUAUCGCAUACAAAGAUGAAAGGUGCAAAAGCAUCAUUUAUGUGUCAUUCAUAGCACUAUACUCAGGGGUUAAAGAAGGCAUUGACAGUGAAACUGGUGCUUCAGCCAUUUCUAGGUCAUAGCAGGGUUAAGUCUGGCUGGUUCAUGAUUAGUAUUUAAUAUUCUAACCAAUUUCCUGUUUCCUGAGGGCUUGGAAGAUGUUUGGGUCUUCCUCUGGACCUUGCCAAAGUGGUGACAUAUCAGAGUAAAUUGUACUAAUUUGUUUAAACUGAUAAUCUGCUUGUUUAGAAAUGGCUCAAUUAGUUUCUUGGACAUUGUUAUGAGGACCUAGCACCUUGUCAAAUUAAGACAUUGUAGAGCCUUCACCACCACUUAUUAAAAGAUUUAAGUGAGGGUAUGUAUAUAUUUAAGCCUCUAUAUAACAAUUUCACUCUAAGUGGAUUAGAGAAAUUCCACAAUGCAUUCAAAAUUGUACACCAAAAUCUGGUUUCCAAAAUUCAUAAAAGUUGUACAAUCAUUCCACCUUAAAAAAAAAAAAGAGAGAGAAAGUUCAAAGAAAUUAUUAAAAGCCCAAAAUUACUAUGGCAUUCAUACCCAUGAUGAUUAUAUGCAAACUAAUGAUCACAACUUAAUUUCCAGCUCAGCUGUCACAUGAACAAUCUGCAAAGAUUUCGUUUACCCCACUUGCAGACUUUCAACACUUCACACGGGUGGCUUGAUCUGGAAAGAUGGAACCGCGGCGUGAUAUAUGCAGACAUUUCAGUUUCAGAACUGUUACAAACCUAAAUUCAUAUACUGUGUGAACUGACAACUUAUUUCAAAUUGUUUCUGAAUCUUUACUUGAAGGGAACUUGUAACUAUUAAUAAAGAUGUGACAAUUCAUUUUAUUCGUAAUUGAUUUUUGGAGACAGCUGAAGCUAAGUAUGUGUGUGUCUCCUCAGCUUUAUCAGAUAACAGCUAAUAACAGGCCUUCUAUAGUAUUGGUGUGUAAAAAGAGUGAGAUAAUCUAAGGAACUUGGAAAGACAUCCAGUACUUCUUUUUCCAUUUCUCGAAGAUGUUUCAGCUUUCAUCCAAGAGCCUUCUUCAGUUCCUUCUUAAAUUCAGAAGAAGACUCUUGGAUAAAAGGUGAAUCAGAAAUCUAAAGAAGUUCAGUCACUUUCUUUCCAAGUUCCUCAAACUACCAUGACCUGGGUGACUGAGAUCCUUCCCAGUUUGAUAGUACUCUCUCUUCAGCUUUAAAAUUAAAUUAACUACCCAAGUGUUCUAUAAUAUUGCAUUAUUAAGAUAAGAUUAUUCAGUCCCAGAUUUGGUAAAUAUAUGGUUAAAAAUUAAUUUAAACACAUUUAUAUGGCACAUUUAUAUUUAUAUUUUUAUAUUUUAAAAAAUAGCUUAAGUAAAUACAAUGGUGUGUAGUUCAAUAAAAUAGAAUGCUGGCAAAAAUGAA